CCCAUUUACUGCACCCGAACUCAGUUUUCUUGCUGAAGAGGCAUUUUCCAUCAUUUUCUUCUCUUUCUUCAAUUGCAAUUGCAAUUUCAAUUUGAAUCCUCUUUUGCAACCCUAACGAUGACGAAGCAACAAGCUAACUGGUCUCCUUAUGACAACAAUGGAGGAACAUGUGUUGCGAUAGCAGGUGCAGAUUACUGUGUAAUUGCUGCUGAUACCAGGAUGUCCACUGGCUACAACAUUCUUACUCGCGAUUACUCCAAGAUCAUUAAAUUAGCGGACAAGUGUGUGCUGGCCUCCUCAGGAUUUCAAGCCGACGUGAGAGCCUUGCAAAAGGUUUUGGCAGCAAGGCAUCUGACCUAUCAGCAUCAGCACAAUAAGCAGAUGAGCUGUCCAGCUAUGGGGCAGCUACUUUCAAACACCCUAUACUACAAACGUUUCUUUCCUUACUAUGCAUUCAAUGUUCUAGGCGGCCUUGACAGUGAAGGAAAGGGCUGUGUUUUUACGUAUGAUGCUGUUGGAUCCUACGAGAGGGUUGGGUAUAGUUCUCAAGGUUCAGGUUCAACUUUGAUCAUGCCUUUCCUGGACAACCAAUUAAAGUCUCCUAGCCCUCUCUUGCUACCUGCCAAGGAUGCUGUAACUCCACUUUCUGAAUCAGAAGCCAUUGACUUGGUGAAGACAUGUUUUGCUUCAGCAACAGAAAGGGAUAUAUAUACUGGUGACAGUCUUGAAAUCGUUGUAUUAAAUGCUGAUGGUGUUCGUAGGGAACAAAUGGAUCUCAGGAGAGAUUGAUUUCUUUAUUGUCAGAUUCCUGUGAUUUAGGUUUGAGUUAGUUCGGAGGGCUUGAAUCGAUGCAUCUGGACAAUGAAAUCCGAGGAUGACCCCUUCUAUGGCUCUAUGCACAGCAGUUGUUAAUUUGUUGAUCAUCUGUGUAUGUACUGUACUGUAAACUGCAGUUCCUGGAAUGCUAUGCUGAAUUACAAACAACUGAUUGUUUAAACUUAUUUAGUUUGAAAACCUUACUCUUUAGAUUGA